ACUGGGGACACUGAGCUAGGGUGGGGCAGGGCUGGGUGACACUCCCCUUCCUCCCCAGGAGCUGUUCAAGCAGGUGCUGCCCCACCAGUGCCUGGGCUCCGUCUGGCCCCCGAAGAACAAGCCCGGAAGACAGCACCGGGCACACACUGUCAGUGCCACCAUCACACAGUAUAACUCUCUGGUCUCCUGCGUGGUCACCACCUGCCUGGGGGACCCAAGCAUGAAGGCCAGGGACAGGGCCAAAGUGGUGGAGCACUGGAUCAAGGUGGCCCAGGAGUGCAAGACCCUGGGGAACAUGGCUUCACUGCACGCAAUAGUAUCGGCCUUCAGGAGCGUGCCACUCCACCGGCUAAAAAAGACCUGGGAGAAAGUUUCCCGGAGGAGCACAGUUAUGCUGAGAAAACUCUUUCAAGACGUGGAUGGGAUGACCACCAAGCAGCUCAGGAACAUAGAGCCCAGGCUGGAGAAGCGGCCCUCCAGGUUUGCCACUCUGCUGAUGCACCUCCGGGGAGCUCUGAAGAGGCCGCAGAAGAAAGUGAGUGAGCCCAUCUGGGGGGCUCCAAGGGGUCAGAGGAGAGGGGGCUCUGCCCUCCCAGCUGGAGGCCUCUAGGGCAAAGAAGGAGGCCUUUCUUCUGCAGCCCCACCUCCUGCACCUGCAGACCCUGAAACCCUCCCCUAGCAAGUGACCAGAAGGAGGGCCUGGCAGACAUGGGUGCAGGGUGGCCCUUGGGGGUGGGCCUGGGCCUGGGCCCUCAGACCCUGUGAUUUGCCCAAAGUGGGUCCUGAGAUUGGAUUAGGAGGAGCCUG